CGAAAUUACGUCAUGCCAGAACAGCUGGUCUUUUGCGGUAACUGAAAAUGUGGACUAGCUCAGUGAUAUAAAAUCGCGUUCAACUGAAGGUAAACAUUUAGUUUAUCACAAUGUGGCGAUCGGAGGGUGCAAGAUUGGAAUGGGCUCGACUACAAUUCCUGUUGCUUGUUUACACCUAUCUCUACUCCCUCGCUGAUUGCCUUUUUGUGACUGAUUAUUUCACCCGGACGCCUCGCAAACUGAAUGCUUUCCGGUCAUUUGCCAGCGUAGAGUUAUUCCACUUUAAUGUGCCUGAUGACACCAUGAUUGCUGUCUGGAAUCUCAUCACAUUCAAGGAGCAGGGGGGCACAUUUGGAGACAGCUGCCCUGAUCGCAACGUGACUGUGUAUUUCAGAUCUGGAGCCCCACCUGUGAUCAACCCUCUGCACACCCGAUUCCCUCGUGACACCAUCAUUCCUGGCUCCUUUGCAGUCACAUUGACAUGGACGCUGCCCAAUCGAACAACUGGAGUCUUUAAUGUUACUAGUCCUCUUCCAGGAGACUGGUUUCUGGCUGCACAUUUACCAAAGGAUGAUGGGAAAAUUUCUGUUAAGGGCCUCUCUGAGGAAUGUCAGUACCUCUUCCAGCCACAGCUCAUUGUGCAGAAGCUGAUUGGAAUUUCUGUGCUGUAUCCUGGAUACUUCAUUGAUCAGGUGGUCCCUGUUCGCAACAGAUCUGUUCUUUACAAAGUUUUCAUUCCAAACUACAGCUCCAGCGUGAAGGUGCAGCUUGUGGACUGUAACACAAGGAACAGGAGCACGGACAGGUGCCCAGUGACAGUGAAGGUCAGAGCCAGGGCACCCCCCCUACAUAAUUCUACCUCUCGCAACUGCCGUGAGUGGAGCUCCUGUGACCUGGAAACCCCCCUGCCCCCCUGGGAACAGUGGUAUUAUAUCCUGGUGGAGAGGAACCUAAACAAUGUCAACGUCUACUUCCGAAUUGGGGUCCAGGUCAAAGAUUGUUCCAAACCCAGUGUUCUAAAGGGAUCCUCAGCUAACUCUGCUCUGAAUAUGCCUCAGUCCUUUGGUACUGCCAUGGGCUUCUCCUUGUCUGAGACAUUGCCAGCAGCAAGUUUAGCGAACCUCAUUCAGAAUAGUUCAGAAAAAGUGUCCGUCGUCAUGUCCGAGGAGAGCAUCGCUUACUUAGCCCCAACAGCAGACAGCAAUAAGUGCUGGCCCAUCAGACCAACGCUGCGAAAUGAGCUGGAUACCUUCUCUGUGCACUUCUAUAUUUUCUUUGGGCCCAACAUCUCUGUUCCACCAGAUAGGGCUGCAGUGUUUUCUAUAAACCUGAUGCCUGUUCUAGACAGUGGAGGUGUUCUCAAUAUGGAGCUGAAGCUCAAUGUGUCUUCAUUGAAAGGAGAGAACGUCACAGUGUUCGGCUGUUUAAACCAUAGAAUGCCCCUGCCAUUAUCUGAAAAUUCCACAGUUAAAUGUGAAUCUGAGUCCAUUGCUGGGUUCAUUCUAUCAGUGAAUGCCACCUCCAACAUCACCAAGCUGCGAAUUCCCUACCCUCAGACAGGCACUUGGUAUCUGAGCCUACGCUCCCUCUGUGCCACCGAACAUGGCAGGUUUGAAAGUUGCAACAAUAUCACAGCAGAAGUGUACUUACGGUCAUACCUCACACCCUGCAUCAAUGAUUGUGGAACAUAUGGACAGUGCAAACUACUCCGCACCAACAAUUACCUGUAUGCAGCAUGUGAAUGUAAAGCAGGCUGGGAUGGUUGGGGCUGCACGGAUAACUCGGAGGCGUUCUCCUACGGAUUCCAGCUGCUCUCCACCCUGCUGUUAUGCCUGAGCAACCUGAUGUUUGUUCCGCCCGUGGCCAUCGCCAUUCGAAGCAGUUACCUGCUGGAGGCCUCUGUAUACAUCUUCACAAUGUUCUUCUCGACUUUUUACCAUGCCUGUGACCAACCUGGGAUUGUAGUCUUUUGCAUCAUGGAGUACGAUGUCUUGCAAUUCUGCGACUUCCUUGGGUCACUGAUGUCAGUGUGGGUUACCGUCAUUGCUAUGGCCAGGCUUAAGCCAAUCUUCAAGCAGGUGCUGUACUUGCUGGGAGCGAUGCUGCUGUCUAUGGCCCUGCAGCUGGACAGGCAUGGGCUGUGGAACCUCCUCGGACCCAGCCUGUUUGCUCUCGGUAUUAUGGCUGUUGCUUGGACCGUGCGAACCAUCCGGAGACGGCGUUGCUACCCACCCACCUGGAAGAGAUGGGUCUUCUUCUUGUUUCCCGGCACCAUGAUCGCCACCUCCGCCGUAGCUCUUUAUGCUUUCGUGGAGACAGAAGAGAACUAUUUCUACAUCCACAGCAUUUGGCAUAUGCUGAUUGCAGGCAGCGUGGGCUUUUUACUCCCGCCCCGUGCAAAGCCCAAUGUCAAGGCCACACCAAUGAAGAGAAGGAGGGGAUGUGGCUAUCAGCUAUGUGUCAAUGAACAUGAAGAGAUGGGCCUGGUGGAUCCAGCCAUCAUCUCUAUCAACAGCAUCUGCACAAGUUGAUACUCUUGGCUCCAAAGAUUAUUACUGCCUUUUUUUAUUUUGAAAUAAAAUGGAAAAAAGCCAGACGUUGUAACAAAUGUUGUAAAUAAUGAAAACAAAAACUGAAUUUUAUUAUUAUUAUUAUUAUUAUUAUUAUUAUUAUUGUGAGUGUGGCAUUUUUGUACAUAUACUGUACAUUUACAUUCUAAGCUGAACACUGCUGCUACUUGACAGUAACUGUAAAAUUGUGUAAUUUAUUGACAUUUCAUGUUUUCUAGACAAAACCAAAUGUUGAAGUGCAUUUGGAAGGAGGCACGGUGUUAGUAUAUAUAAAUAUCUUCUCAUGGGAUUCACAGCAAUGUGAUAAUGUACAUAUACAUAUAUCCUGUAUGUAUAUGUAUUAAUAUAAAUAUUUGAUGUCUGUAUAACUGUGAGUAAUACCCGUGUUUUGUGGUCUGUUGGAUUAUUUGCUAGAUUGUUGUAUAUGGUUUUAAAGCUUUGGAUGUGUUAUGUAUGCAGUGUCUUUGGAUUUAGAAAGGCAGCUGUUUACAGUCAGUAAGUAAGGGCAGAUUUAUUUUUAAAAUGUCAGAACAGCUCAACAUUGUCUUACUUCCAAAUAGAUCAGGUGCAUUUUCAUACCACUAUCAGAGUAAACACAAAAUAUACAUAUA